AUGGCUCACCCUGAUACGUUCUUUCAUUUGGUACCACGGAAUGAAGAGUCUCUUCCCAUUCUGGACCUUCGCGAAAACUGGCGUUUUGUAUCGGAAACGACUGAUGGAAAGAAAGGACUUGAAAUCGGAUACCAUGUCUCGAAAGUGCCCGGUCGCGUUAUGGCACGCCUUGGCCGUGGCCUAACGGCCGACAUAAGGCUUCUUGGAAGAAAUAUUUCGUCCAUCCACGUUGCAUUUGAGCUUCACCCCGAUACACUUGCUGUUCUUCUCUCGGUACGAGCAAAGAAUGCAUCGUCCGUCACCGUGGAGCCUGUAGAGGAUGACGGAGAAAGCGGAGCAGUGGCAGACACAGGACGAGGAGAUGUGGUCGAGGGGGACUGUGUUCUUGUUUUCGAGCAGCCGUACAACAUCAAAAUCGGUGUCUACAGUUUCGAUGUCGCCUGGUGUCCCAAACGCGAGGUGCGGCAGUCCAAGGACGAGGUAUGGCGCAUCUUUGCUCGACGCGAGUAUCAGAAGGCCGUGGAGCGCGAAAAACUUGCCCGCUCCUGCGAUCUUCCGACCUACGACAGCUCGACGCUGAACACAUGGCACAACACGAGAAUUCAUACAGCCAAUCGCCCCCUGUUUCGCGAGGCCCCCGGGGCAGAACGCCACAUGCUCGAUGCAGGCAGCUUUGGUAGUGUUUUCCAGGCUACGGAUCGUGAGUCCGGUGACCCGUUUGCCAUUAAGGUCAUCGACCUCACGAAGCUGGACAGUCAGCGUGAUGUCGAGUAUGCACGGGCAUCCGUUCACAAUGAGGUGAAAACACUGCAGAAGCUGAAGCACCGGAACAUUAUCGAGUACCUCGGCUAUGCCCAGAUGGACACACCCAAACCCGAAAUCUUCAUGCCGAUGCGGCCUGGGACUCUUCGCAAUCUACAAAACUCCCCAAAUAGGCUCUGCAGUAUCGACGACCUAUGUAACCGGGUUUUGGAGCAGAUACUCUCUGCCCUAGACUACUUGGCCUCGCAAUCCAUAUGCCAUCGUGACAUCAAACCAGACAACAUUCUCUAUUUUGACGAAUCGAAACACGGAAACUACAUCUUUCAGCUGGCCGAUUUUGGCUUGGCGAGACACACAACGCUGGCCGUGGGCUUGGGCGGAACAGGGUUCUACAUGGCCCCAGAAACAUGGGACGAUAGCCCAUAUGCCCAGAGUCCCAAAAUGGACGUCUGGUCUCUCUUCGCUACAGUCAUCGACGUUCACACAAAUUUCAACUUCCCACCAACAUGUGACAGUGACACUAGAACACAGUUCAGGCUAGCCCUUGUUGCCAUCCCGGCGAUUGCAGCGGGCCUGCCUGAUCUUGGCUGGAUGGUGCACAUGGACCCUUUACCCACGGACGCGGCAACGCAGACGGUUGGAACUUGCCAGAGCGGGCAGGGCAGCAGCGACACAAGCUGA